AUGUUGGGAGCCAACUCCAACGAGCAUGUCCAGGAUGGAUUCAUUGAUCCAGCCCGGUUGACCACUGAGUCGACCUUCUAUGACUACAUUGAUCCUCUCUUCGAGGAGGCCGCUUCAGGUACCAUACAGACCACGUCUUCUUCUCCUGCUGCUACGGCCCAGCCUCCUGUCUCUGCUUUCGACAGCAUUGACACUGCUUCUCCUUCUGCUGCUGUGGCUGAAAUCCUACAGCUUAACACCAUUCCUUGGAGUGUUAUGCUGGCCACUGCUUCCUCUCCUCCUGAUGCUGCUGCGGAACAGCCUGUCUCGGCUUGCAGAAGCCUUGCCACUACUUCUGCGGCUCCUGCGCCUAUGGCCAUCAACCUCAACACCUCCAUUGCGUUUGUCCCUGCCACGGCAACCUCGAGCAACAAACUCUCUGCGGCUCCUCCGAAGACUCCAUCGCCACAGAAGGCUCCUUCUCCUACGUCUUCCACUCCGGUGAAUCAUAUCUCUUGGGGGCACAUUCUUGAGCAAUGCGAGCACGGCGCGGGCCAUUUUACUCACUACAGGUCGUUGAAAGAGGCCGAGCAGGAUUUGACGGGCAAAGAAGUUGUCGUUCCACACGACCCGACCAUCCCAGAGACCGAGGGCAUGAAGUGCACAGUAGUCAAUCUUCUCUCUCAGGCUUUUAAGAGCACCGAGACUGCCGUGGACAGUGAAAAAGUCAUCUCACCAUUUCGCCAUAAUCGUUACAGAGAUGAGGAAAUCGAGAAGGUCUGCUGGCAAAUUCUUGUAAGUGGAUUCCUGGUAUUUGCUUUUGUCAAACCUGUUGCCAAUCAUUCCUCACAGGAGACGAUGAUCGAACACCACCGCACCGAUUUCAACGUGGGUGGAGUCCUGGCAUACAAGACGGCUGGCAAAUACGCGAACUUCCAUGAGCGUCUUGUGUCCAUGCUCGAGUCGCUUGCAGUGGGUUCUUCCGAUCGCGCUUUGGCUAGUUUACGUACUGACGGCAGUCUACAGGAUCACAAGUCUAUGUGCAAGCACCUACUAGAGCCUCUCUACCUUCGAACAGUCAUUGAUGACCCUGUCGGCGCUGCCAAUCGGAUCAAGAACAACAAGAACGUCAACGCCAAGAAGUCUAACAUUAUCAACAUCGGGAGGCGCCACCUUCCCACAGGAGCGGCCGUUAAGGGCAAGGCUCGAAGCACGGACUCGUCGUCGUUAGCCACCUCCACCACUUCGUCCAAGAACUCGGCCGGCGAGAACACCAUCCCAGCGAGCAAGUCGGCACGUGGCUGGGCUUCUCAGCAGCAACAGACCACUCCGACCCCGAUCGCACGCAGUCAGCGCGUGUCGACCUCUGCUCGUCGGUCUCCCUUGCUGAGUUCUCUCGUGCCGUUGGCCUCGGGCACUGUUCCUGUCACCAACCCUGAAGCCAUCGUUCUUCGCCUCCCCGCCAACCAUGCCCUGGCUGCUGCGCGUGCCAAGCGCACCAACGAGGCUGCCGCCCCUCUGAAGCAGUUGUCGGCAGCCCAGCAGCCUGGGGCUCCCCCCUACACUGGCCUGAUUCCCAUAUCUGCCCUGGAGUCGAAGUGGCAGCGGCCGGUGGGGACCCCACUGAGCGAGGUUUCCGGGAGACUGAGGCGCCCUCACGCUGAGGCCCCCGCUGACGCAGAGGCGGAGUCAUACAAACGGGUGCGCCUGUAA